CUCUUUCUUUUCCUUCCCUUUGCAGCUCAGCCAGUUGGACAAGGCAGCUGAUGCAGCCCACACCUUCUUCCUGGCGAACCCGGAGCACAUGGAGGUUCAGCAAGACCUGGAGAAUUACAGGACCUCGGCGGGAAGGUGGACCUCAUCGACCGAGAGGCCCGACCGCACAUGGAGGACUAUCUUUUGGGAGUGAAGCAUUACGACAAAGAAGAGUAUGACGCGGCUAUUGAGUUCCUGGAGAGGGCACUGAGGGGCUACCACGUGGCUGAUACAGAAUGCCGGGUCUUGUGCGAAGGAUCACAGAAAUUUGAGGACUAUGAAUACCUGGACUAUAAGGCCACCCUCUACGAAGGGAUCGCAGGUAGGGAGUUGCAGAGUGUGAGUGCGGCCACACUAAAGUAUUGAUUUAUUACAAAUGUAGAAUACAGGGGGUUAUUUCACAACCCCCUGUGACAGGGCCCGGUGGUCUGAUUCAAGUGGUUGAGGGGCACAUGUGAGCUAACUAGUCUGAAGGGUUUAAGAAUAGAAUAGAAUAGAAUAGAAUAGAA